AGGAGCCGGAGCGGCUCGCUGCUGCAGCGGGAGCCGCCCCGGCUCGGAGCUCCGCUUGGCCGGGCUGCGGAGCGGUGAGGCACCUGGAGCCCCUCGGGGGGCGCCCGCUAGGCGAGCUGCCUGCCAGCCGAGGAAGCGCCGUCGGCCGCUGACCGAGGUGCCCUCGCCAGCUGCUCUCCCCGCGCCCGGCAUGACUUGCAAGGGCUCGUCGGGCUGGGGGCUUUGGGUGGCCCCUUUGGCGGCGCUGCUGUCUCUGAGAGGUCUAGUGAGUCCCCUAGAAGUGUUCAUGAACACAAGGAGUGUUGAAGUUGCUCGGGGCCAGACGGCGGUCCUGCCCUGUACUUUUACCACCAGUGCUGCGCUUAAUAACCUUAACGUCAUCUGGAUGGUCACGCCACUCUCCAAUGCCAACCAACCUGAACAGGUUAUUAUUUACCAGGGGGGUCAGAUUUUUGAUGGUGCACCCCAGUUUUAUGGGCGAGUGGGGUUUGCAAUGACGAUGCCAACCACCAGUGCCUCCAUCUUCAUCAACAACACCCAGCUGUCAGACACUGGGACUUACCAGUGUUUGGUCAACAAUCUACCAGACCGAGGUGGCCGGAAUAUUGGAGUCAUUGGGCUCAACGUCUUGGUUCCUCCAUCUGCCCCAGUCUGCAGAAUUCAGGGCUCCUUGAACAUUGGCAGUGACAUCACGCUGACGUGCAGUUCAGAAGAAGGCAUCCCUCGGCCAACCUAUUACUGGGAAAGACUGGACAGUGCUCCCAAGCUGCCCCCGGCAGCCACACAAGACCAAGUUCAGGGUACAGUCAUUCUGCGCAAUAUUAGCACUGUGUCAUCAGGACGUUACCAGUGUGUGGCUUCUAAUGUCAUCGGAAGCAGCACUUGUUCUCUUGAGGUUCAAGUGAUUACACCUCACCCCCGGAGCUUUGGCCUGAUUGCUGGAGCUGCAGCUGCAGGGGUCUUGGUGCUCAUCAUCUGCAUUACCGUGGUGGCUGUGACACUCUUUUACUGGAAGAACAAACACAAGGAGGAAGAGGAGGAGGAAAUUCCUAAUGAGAUAAGGGAGGAUGAUCUGCCACCCAAAUGCUCUUCAUCCACAAAAGCAUUCCAUGGCGAUGCUUCAUCCUCGGAGAACGACACUCUCACAUCAUCCAACACCUACAACAGCCGGUACUGGAAUGACCCCAAAGCAAACCAUGCCACAGACUCCUUUGCUCGCCUCAACAACGAUGCGCGCCAGCCCUUCUCCCGCUCUGGAAGCACCAGCGCCCGCCCUGUCUAUGCCAAUGGAGGCCACCCAGCCCCCCCUCCACCCAAGACAUUGGUGGUGACAACCAAUACAGCCCCCUCCCCACAGGAGAUGGCCAGAAGCAAUGGCUCAGUGAGCCGCAAGCCAAGACCGCAGCACACACGGUCCUACGCCGUGAGCCAGGCAACGCUGGAAAGGAUAGGUGCGGUGCCGGUCAUGGUGCCGGCGCAGAGCCGAGCCGGCUCUUUGGUGUAGGAAGUGGGCAUGGUUCUGAGGAAAACAAGGACCUGUUGCACUGAGUGGGGGUGAAGACCUGGCCAAAACAAGAGACCCUCCUCUUCCUCCCUGAAAUGCGUUGAAGGGGAACAUCAAGCCUCUCCUCUGUGUCUUUCCCCCACCCCAGUCACUCCCACUGGUGUGUGAUGGUCCCCUCCCCUUGCUUCCCACCACCCUUUUUAUGAUCUCAGGGGUCCUCAGCUGUGGCUGGAUGUGCCAAGGCCAAAGGGAGGGGCACACAAGGCGUCACAGGGGGACGAUGCCACACUUGGUUUACUAAGAUCUACCUAAUGAGGCCCCCUCAAGGAUGGCCAGUGAGGUGGGGUUCAGAGGGCCCCAUAGUCAGCAGAAGGGCCAUUAGCAGGGAGGACUACUCAACAGCCUUAUGGAUGGCAUAUUGGCUGCUUGGCUCAAAACAGAUGACGAAGCUGGGGGGUGGGGCAUGGAAAGAUGCUGGUCAAGCCAAGCUGGUCUCAGAGGGACAGAGAGAGAGAGAAUCACAAGACAAGGGAGGAGGGGCAGAUUGGGAAUUGGUUUGAGGGUUAUAUUUUAUUCUUUAGUUUGUUCUUGCCACCCCCUCCUGCUUUCUCCUUUCCCCAGACUGGAUGUUCUCUUCCCCAUCCAUCCGGCCCCAACCUUGCACUAGUUUUUUUGGAUGCUUCCAGCAACCCCUUCUUACCUCCAUGGAAACCGUUGUGAGUCAGUCCGGCAUUGUUCCCCAACAAGCUGCUUGGCGCCAGAAUGUGCUGCUGCUGCUGCUGCUGUUUCGCUGUUGUUGAGAGGAGGGAUUUGUGGGGGGAGGCAGUAACGGUGCUGGUUGGAAUGCUGAAGCCUCCGUUACUUAUUGAGGGCUGUGCUGUGUUUUACAGGCGUGUGGCUGGCAUUUUGCAAAGAGCUGAGCUUCAGCGCCUUUGGCGUUUGCAUGGCAGGGUCCGUCUCCUCCUCACUCACCCCAUAGGGCUGUUUGGGUCUGGCUUGCAUGGCCAGUUGAACAUUCACACAUUUGAGGCUUCACAUUUAACCUUCCUUUUCUUGGAUCUUUGGGGCUUAUUAUAGUAAAGGGAGCAGGGAAA